GUUUGUAUUAAUAAUAUUUAAAAUAAAAAUGUAAUUAAUUACGGGAAAAACCUUGAAGAUUAGAAUAUGUAUUUUAACGCAAGCGCAAAGUAGAGGAGGCGACCUGAGUUGGUAUACAACUUGCCUAUAAAUACUCUGUAUAUGUUUCUAUAGUGAUUAACCACACAAUAGAAAGUUCCCUACAACCUACAGUAGAACGUGUCUGCUAUAUUUAAAUUUGUCAAGAAAAUAAAAUAAGUAUCCGAACAUUGUGUUUCUGACAAUUAUUUUUUAUAAUUUAGAAAAAUGUUAUCUUUUCCACUUCUUACGAAAGUGAAGUAAUUAUAUUUACAAUGUCAGUGUCAGAUGUUAAUUAGAUAAACAUUGCCGGUAGAAAAACUUCACCUGGAUCUAAAUUCAAGCUAUUGAAUAGGAUUCGAAAAAUAAUUAUUUAAUCUGAAGUGAGAUGCUACCAGUUUAGAAAUUAUGGCUACGAGGUUAAUGAACCAAAUUACUUUUGAUGACGAUAUUUAUUCUGGAUACAAUGAUUACCCAACAGUUUACAGUACAAAGGAUCUCGAUCAGGAUGAGGUCCUUCAAGAAGCGCUUAAAACAAGUUAUGCUAAACGAUCCAUUACGACGCCUAAACCUCCUGGAACUGCUAUGAGAUUUGGAACAGCAUCUGGUUUUCACAGAGGUGGUACUGCUGGUCGUUUAGACACUGCUGGACCUCGACCCAUGACUGCAGUUCGAGGUGCUGGUUACACAAGUAGUGGUCGUCAACCAUUCGAUCCUCUAAAUAUGGGAAGUAACAGUAGAGGUCCAGCUCCUCCUCUGGAAUCAGAUAAAGAAAAUACGCCAGAGGAGAAGAUUAAAACUGCCGAGAGGAAAAUAAUGGAACUAAUCGAGAGAUCAUCUGAGGCUGCUUGUGAGAACAAUAUGUCUGUUGCACUCGAGAGGGCUAGAGAAGCUUCUACCAGGGAACGAUCUCUCAUAAGACUGCAGGAACAAGCCGGACUUAGUGACAAUCAUAAUUUAGAUUUGACAUUCGCGGUACUUUUUAAUUUAGCAAGUCAAUAUGCAAAUAAUGAAUUAUAUACAGAAGCUGUAGCAACAUAUCAAGCGAUAACGAGAAAUAAAAUGUUCAGCAACAGUGCAAGACUGAAAGUUAAUAUGGGGAAUAUUUAUUUUAAAAUGGGACAACUACCUCAAGCGAUUAAAAUGUAUCGUAUGGCUUUGGAUCAGGCUCCGACAGCGUAUAAAGAUUUAAGAAUUAAGAUAAUGCAUAAUAUUGGAAUGCUAUUUGUACAAAUGGGUCGACUGGAAGAAGCAGCUAAUAGUUUUGAAUGGGUGAUGAGGGAGAGGCCUGAAUUCAGAGCCGGGUUACAUGCAGUUUUGUGUCAUUAUGCAUUAUCUCACCGGGAUAAAAUGAAAAGGGGUUUUUUAGAAUUGCUAGAAGUUCAACUCAAUAUAGAUGAAGAUGAUAAGUAUAGUGUGAGCGCAGACGACAUUGCAGCAAAUUUAUUGAACGAAAUGAUUAAGAACGACGAUUUAUCGAAACUUGAACGGGAAUUAAAGUUCGAGGCGGAGAAGACAAUCCUAAACGCAGCUAAUCUUAUCGCUCCAGUAAUUGAAGACACCCUUACAUCUGGCUAUGCCUGGUGUGUGGACGCUAUCAAAUCUUCAUCCUACAGUACACUUGCCGCAGAUUUAGAAAUUAAUAAAGCAAUGGUCUUCUUGCACAAUAGAGAAACCCAAUUGGCCAUUGAUGCUCUGAAGGUUUUCGAGAAUCGUGAUUCUAAAGUUGUCAGUUCAGCGUCAACGAUGUUGUCCUUCGUUUAUUUUCUGCAAGGAGAUUAUGAACAAGCUGAAAAAUGCGGUGAGGCUGCUCGUAAAGCAGAUAGUUAUAGUGCCGCAGCUUAUGUUAAUCUGUCUGCAUGCGCGAUAAAAAAAGGCGAACUUGAACGAGCUCGUGAAUUAUUGUUAUGCGCCUUAGACACUGAUGCAAGUCAUGUACAAGCUCUCUAUAAUCUCGGAUUAGUCUACAAAAAGCAAAGUAUGUUUGAAGAGGCACUCGAAUGCUUUUGGAAGUUAAGGACUAUAGUGCACUAUGACCCACAAACGCUCUAUCAAAUAGGUCAUUUGUAUCAGUUGAUGAGUGACGUUGAUCAAGCUGCGGAAUGGUAUAAUCAAUUAUUGGGGAUAAUUCCAUCUGAUCCGGGUGUUUUACAAAAGCUAGGCGAAAUGUACGAUACAAUCGAAGAUAAGCAACAGGCAUAUCAAUUUUAUAGUGACUCUUACAGAUAUUAUCCUGCUAAUUUCGAAGUCAUCGAUUGGCUAGGUUCUUAUUUUAUAUCAAUGCAGGUGGUAGAAAAGGCAAUGAUAUAUUUUGAGAGGGCUAUAGAGUUGGCCCCCGAUGAGCCGCGAUGGAGACUACUGGUUGCUACAUGUUUGAGGAGAACGGGACAAUUUCAUAAAGCUUUGGAAGAGUACAAAAAUAUACAUAAACUCUUUCCGGAAAAUAUUGAGUGUCUUAAAUUUUUGAUCCGGCUUUGUAGUGAUUUGGGUUUGAAUGAAGCUCACAUGUAUGCGACGGAAUUGAAGAAAGUUGAAAGAGCUAAGGAGGUGAAGGAAAGACACGGAUCUGGAAGACCUGGAACAACAAGUUCGAAACGAAGCAACAGCGGAAAUUCAUCGAGGGGAGGAUCCGGAAUGAGCACCUUAUCAGAACAUCGUGCAGGAUCCGCCUUAAGUCGUGGGGAUCAUAGAAUAAAUAGUGCAGGAAUUAAUAAACCAAUUCACAUUAAUUCCAACACACACAUAAAUUCACAUUAUUCGGAUCCAAUUGGUGCACUACCAGUGAGACCAAUGACAUCGGUUGGAAAACGAGACGACGACUUUGGAGAUGAAGAACUUGGUGACGACUUACUACCGGAAUAAAUACAUUAUCAUCUAAUUACUUUAUCGUUCAUCUCUACUUAUUGCUAAUCAAAACAAGUCAUUACGAAUGUUUUAUCAUUCAGAGGAACGUCAUUCAAAUUCUACAAUGUUAUGAAAUUGUUAAAUUGCAUAAUCUCUUGUCAUUCAUCUUCUUUACACGAAUGAUGACUUUGUUCAACACUUAACAAUAUUUUACUCAACAGUUAAUUCUUCUAUUUUAUAAAAAGUUUUUUCAAAUAAUAAUAAGUACCACAAAACAAGUGCCUUAUUUUACGAAGAGAUUUACAAAAAUAGUUUCAAAACUUGUUAUUUGUUUUAAUAACAAACAACGUUUGAAUU